CACGAACAUGCUUACAAAGACCAGUGAUCCUGUCUCUUUCGUCCGGGGUAGUUCGCGGUUUUAGUCUUCCAAUGCGUGCUGCUUGAGCAGUUCAAUGUAUCAGGGAUGCUGGUGCCCAAAGCCGAGGCGCUCUCGGGCACCUAUCUGCUGGAGGAGCGCAGCAGCAACUUUUAUAACAUGGUCUCUGCUGGGAGUCCUCAGUCCAUCAGUUCCUCCAAAAAGAGACUCGUGAGACGUGCCGACCGGCUACAGCACACGGAAUUGCCACCACUGUCGAACCUUGAUGAGCUCUUGGUGAGGAGCUGUGCACCUGAUAUGAAAAAGCCCGUGGAGGAGGCACCCUUGCGGCUGCCACCCAUCGAUGAUUCAGCGCAGGUGAGCAUUGGUACCUUCAAAAAGUUGCUGGCGAAGCCUGGUUCAAGCCACGUCUCUCCGUCUUGGCAGGAGAAUGACGAGCCCCUUCAGUGGCACAUUCUCUUGCUCAAGGCCUCAUUCGAUGGCAAGUUGGAGGUCAGCACGGUGGCUGAGUGGCUGGUGGAGGUCCUAAGCAUGGACGUCCCAGAGGCUACGCGAUGUGCAGAGGCUGCCAAAGUCCAUCCGACGGUGCGGGUGGCGAGCCUCGAUGACUGGAAGAUGGUCAAAGAGAAGGUUGAGAGUUUAAGGGCUCUUGGCCUUGCAGUACAGGUCGCAUCAGGAGCAAUACACCAGGCACUUGUCAACGGCCAGCGUGGCGAUUCGCGAGGUCGCUUGGCGAAGGAGAGCUACACCGAGAUCUUCGACCUCGUUCCAGGUCUCAAACGGUCGAGGCCAGCGAAGAAGGGCAAGGGCACUGAAAGUCAUCCUCAUCGUGCCAAGUGGCGAGGAAUGUCGCAGCUGGUUGUCAUGGACGUUCUCUCGAAGGACCCAGUCAAAAAUAUUUUGACAGAGGAAGACGACGAGGAUGAAAGCAGCUGGCUUGGAACCGAAAGCGAGGCUGAGUGGACCCAGUGGAAUCUCCUCAACGCGAGGAAGAAACGAGUGAAGAGGAUCCUGAACAAGCGAGGGAGAAAGCUCGUGAAAAUGGGAAGCUUGCCUGCGCCCUCUGAGAGUGACAAGACAGAGAAGCUCACGGACAAAACAACUUGUAGCUUCAGGAGUUCCGUCAUAGAGACGCAGAAGAAGAUGAGUAUGAUUGCUCAGCUACAGGGAACUCCCACUCUCACCUUCCAGCGCAAGGAGGCUUGCCAAAUGCUGCGGUUCUUUGUCUUCGGUGCUGUGGGCAACGAGCAUCUAAGAGCUCAAGCAGAUAAGGACUCGAUCUUCUAUGAUCGUUUGGGCGAGAGAUGGCAGGUGCAGCAACUCUACAACUUGUGGGACAGGUUGGAUUGUGAUCACUCAGGACGUUGUGACUUUAGUGAGCUUCGCAGAUUUGCGGAAGUUAGACUCAAAGCCCUCGUUGAGGCCGCUUUAGCGAAAGGCACCAAAGGCCUUGCAGGACUACCAGCUUGGGCAGCGGCCCAAAGUGGAGAGGAUGUCGCGAAAGCUGCCAACAAGCUCAUGAAAACGUUGGAGCAGAUGCUUUUCGGCAUGAAGACCUCCUUUGUGCUGGAGGACAUGAUCCGCAUUCUGUGGCCCAUGAGCCAACCCAAUGACGUCUUGGAGAUGCGCAGGUGGUGUACGGAGAUGGCCAACAGCAUCGAGAGGACUGGAGUCCAGACUCCGCCACUGUUGCCAGAGGAGAAGGUUGAGGACUUGAGGAGCAUUUUCAAGUACUUCGACACCGACAAUGAUGGACAACUUCAAGUGCCGGAUCUUCUGGCCACCGGAUUCCUGAAUCCUCGUGAGGUUGACCUGAUCAUCGAGAAGUACGACGCAGAUGAAGAUGGGAGAUUGGGGGUCCUUGAGUUUGUGGAAAUGCUGUGCCCAGCAGGGUAUCGUGCUCAUGAGAAGGUGACGCACGCAACGCUCCGGAAUGGCAAGGACGUGGUGUACGACACGGAGUUUUGCCGUGCGCGACCCCGGGUCUUCCCUGGGUCUUCCCCGGGUUUCGUCACCCGGCGACCCCGGACACGUCUGGUUUGAAGGGCGACACGUUUUGUGGGGCGACACGUUUCCGGGGUCUUUCUCAAAUGAUUACAUGAUCAACCAACCUAAUAUAUGUUUCUGAAUAUACAUGUAUAUAUAUAUAUACAUUGUAAGACUGCAGAAGAAAUAGGGUUGCUGCCAAGUUGCUGCCAGUCCUCACAUUGACAUUUCGUUGUUUUCUCGAACAAACAGAGCUCACGAUAUGAGCAGCAUCUUUUUUGCAGCAGCUAUAUUAUAGCUGUUGCCAUUCGAUCCAUUUGUGCUUCGAGCAGAUUGGCAAGGUUGGCGACUGGUCAACCACACAUUGAGGUGACCAGCGCAGUGAGGGGGACUGUGCGAGUUUGCCUGAAGGGUCCUUGCUGAGCUCCCUCUGUACAGAUCACAACUGGGGCAAGCCACCUUGUUCGACCGAAGUUC